ACAAAAAAUCUUUCUAUUGUAGAUAGUGUGAAAUCAUCGGUAUAUAAAGCUGGUGUUCGGUAAUCAAAAUUGUUAGUUUAUUCAAACGCCUUUCGAUAAGCAUUCUGUAGUGAAAGUUCAUUAGAGCUGCAUUUUCAUAAGAAAAUGGUGAAAUUCAUUAUAUUAUUUGCUAUUCUUAUCGUCUGUGUGUCCAGUUAUGGAAUCCGAGAUUAUGACGGUGGCUAUGGGGCUCAUGGAGGACAUGGUGAUGGAAGCCAUGGAAACCGAAUAGAAUCUGAUAGAAGCCACAAUGGUGGACAUGGACACGGCGGUGGCCACGGCGACCAUAGAGAAUUUGGUCGCCCACAAGAAGGGUUUGGUGGUAACCAUGGAGGAUAUGGGUCCAAUAAUGGCGAAUAUGGAGGCUACCAGGGAGAACAUGGCGGCGGCCACGGGGGUCGCGGAAGCAAUCAUGGUGGAUAUGGUGGAUACGAUCGAGGUCAUAACACCAGAUAUUAGAAAUAUAACCUUACUAAAAAAAAUCGAAUAAUGUGAUUAUAAUAUGUAUGCAUAAAAAACUAUUGGCUUCACUCCGAUUAUUAUUAAUCUUUUGUAUCACCCAAUCGUUCCACAGAAGAGCAAAAGCGAAUACCGGUAGGACACGAAAGAGAUCACUUGAAUCGUGGACUCAUCCUCAGCAGCUAACAAUUAGAAAAAUUAAAAAAAAAAUCAUGGCGUUGCCUCUAUGUUUCCCAUUUCCAUUCAAUAAUGGUAAUAAUAAUAUAUAUAACUACA